GGGGGUGACGGGCGCAGGGCUCAUGUAAUCAAAGAAGUUUCUUUGUUGUGUGUAUCUUUUCAGAACACAACAGGAAUUGAAAAUGAAUCAGAACGCUACUGAGCCUGCAGCAGCUGCUGAGACCCUGGCCGAGGUACCUGAACAUGUGCUUCGAGGACUUCCGGAGGAAGUGAGGCUUUUCCCAUCUGCUGUUGACAAGACUCGGAUUGGUGUCUGGGCCACUAAACCAAUUUUAAAAGGCAAAAAGUUUGGGCCAUUUGUUGGUGAUAAGAAAAAAAGAUCUCAGGUUAAGAAUAAUGUAUACAUGUGGGAGGUCUAUUACCCAAAUUUGGGUUGGAUGUGCAUUGAUGCCACCGAUCCACAGAAGGGGAACUGGCUGCGAUACGUAAACUGGGCUUGCUCCGGAGAAGAGCAAAAUUUAUUUCCACUGGAAAUCAACAGGGCCAUUUACUAUAAAACUUUAAAGCCAAUCGCACCGGGCGAGGAGCUCCUGGUCUGGUACAAUGGGGAAGACAACCCCGAGAUAGCAGCUGCGAUUGAGGAAGAGCGAGCCAGCGCCCGGAGCAAGCGGAGCUCCCCAAAAAGCAGGAAAGGGAAGAAAAAACCCCAGGAAAAUAAAAACAAAGGAAACAAAACCGAAGACAUACAGCUGAAGACAAGUGAGCCAGAUUCCACUUCUGCAAAUAUGAGAGAUUCUGUGGAAGGUUCCAAAGAAGAGGACGAGAAGCCUUCCGCUUCAGCAGCUGAGCAGACAGCUAUUCCUCAGGAGGCGGUCAGUCAGGAUGUGCUUCCGGAACCAGGAGCCCCUCCCCCUGCCUGCGAGCCACAGGCAGAACCAGACAAGAAGCUGGAAGCAGCGCUCUGUGAGGGGAAUGACCUGGAGGAAGAGGAAGAGGAAGAGGACGAUGAGCUGGAAGAAGAGGGGGAAGAGGAAACUGACGUGCCAAAUGAAAGUUCUGUGACGGAGCCAGAAAUACGGUGUGAUGAGAAGCUGGAAGAUUUAUUAGAAGAACCAAAAAACGCUUCAAAAGAAACUCUCGAAGAUUCUCCAGAGGUAACACCCAUUAUUAAGAUUCGCAAAAGUAAAGAUGAGGCCAAUGGUGACGUGUUUGGAACAUUUAUGUUUCCAUGUCAGCAUUGCGAAAGGAAGUUUACCACCAAACAGGGCCUUGAACGUCACAUGCACAUCCACAUAUCUACCGUCAACCAUGCUUUCAAAUGCAAGUACUGCGGGAAAGCGUUUGGCACACAGAUUAACCGGAGGAGGCACGAGCGUCGCCACGAGGCGGGGCUGAAGCGAAAACCCAGCCUAACACUACAGCCCUCGGAAGAGCCAGCCGACGGCAGAGUCUCUGGCGACAGCGGCACUCCAAAAGGCGGCUCGAAGGCUCCCUCUCUUGGGCAAGACUGUCUGACCUUGAAUUCAGAGAAAACUUCCCAAGAAAUAGUCAAUUCUUCUGUUGUAGAAGAGAACGGAGAAGUUAAAGAGCUUCAUCCGUGCAAAUACUGUAAAAAGGUUUUUGGAACUCAUACGAACAUGAGACGCCAUCAGCGUCGAGUUCACGAGCGUCACCUGAUUCCCAAAGGUGUGCGGCGAAAAGGUGGCCUCCUCGGAGAGCCACAGCCUCCAGCAGAGCAGGCCCCGCCCGCGCAGACCGCCUACGUUCCCAGCACAGAGCCGGAGGAGGAAGGGGACGCAGAUGACGUGUACAUCAUGGACAUUUCCAGCAAUAUCUCUGAAAACUUAAAUUACUAUAUUGAUGGUAAAAUUCAGACCAGCAGCAGCACCAGUAACUGCGACGUGAUUGAGAUGGAAUCCAGUUCGGCAGACUUGUACGGUAUAAAUUGUCUGCUGACUCCAGUUACAGUGGAAAUUACUCAGAAUAUAAAGACCACACAGGCCCCCAUCACAGAUGAUCUUCCUAAAGAGCCUUCCAGCAGCACAAACAGUGAGUCCAAGAAACGGAGAACUGCUAGUCCUCCCGCGUUACCCAAAAUUAAGGCUGAAGCAGAGUCUGACCCCGUUGCCCCCUCAUGUUCCCUGAGUUUGCCUCUUAGCAUAUCAAGUACAGAGGCCGUGUCUUUCCACAAAGAGAAAAGUGUGUAUUUGUCAUCGAAGCUCAAGCAACUCCUUCAGACCCAGGACAAGCUCACUGCUGCUGCGGGGCUUCCGACGCCCGAGAUCCCUAAGUUGGGGCCUGUCUGUGUGUCCGCCCCUGCGUCCAUGCUGCCCGUGAGCUCAAGCAGGUUCAAGAGGCGGACCAGCUCCCCUCCCAGUUCUCCACAGCACAGUCCUGCCCUUCGGGACUUCGGGAAGCAAAGCGAUGGUAAAGCAGCGUGGACGGAGGCCGUUCUAAGUUCCAAAAAGCCCAAAUUAGAAAGUCUUAGCAACUCUCCGGCGUGGAGUUUGUCUGGGAGAGACGAGAGAGAAACCGUGAGCCCGCCGUGCUUUGAUGAAUACAAGGUACCCAAAGAGUGGGCCGCCAGUUCCACGUUUAGCAAUGUGUGCAACCAGCAGCCCCUGGAUUUAUCCAGCGGUGUCAAACAGAAGGCGGAGGGCACCGGCAAGACUCCGGUCCAGUGGGAAUCCGUCUUAGAUCUUAGUGUGCACAAGAAGCCUUGUAGUGACGCCGAAGGCAAGGAAUUCAAGGACAGUCCCUUGGCGCAGCCCGCCUGCAGCACUGCGAAGAAGAGGAAACCAGCCACCUGCAUGCUGCAGAAGGUUCUCCUCAGUGAAUAUAGCGGCCUCGACGCGCCCACAGACAGCCCCGCAGAUGUGACCAGGAGCCCGAGUCCUUGUAAAUCCCUGCGGCCCCAACCCGAUGCUGCCCUUGGUCCUGACUCCAGUUCACCUGCCCCUGCUGUUGAGUCCCCACCUGAUGUUUCUCCUUCAUCUCCUGCCCUGCAGACAGCCUCCCUUUCUUCCGGGCUGCCGCCUCUCCUGGUCCCAACCCAGCCCUCCUCCCCUCCACCCUGUCCGCCGGUGUUAACGGUCGCCACGCCGCCCCCUCCACUCCUGCCUACGGUGCCUCUGGCAGCCCCCUCUUCCGGAGACGGUGCCUCUCCUCGUCCGUGCCCCUCCCCACUCUCCAAUGCUACUGCCCAGUCCCCGCUUCCAGUUCUUUCCCCUACGGUGUCGCCCUCGCCAUCGCCCAUUCCUUCUGUGGAGCCUCUCACGUCUGCUGCUUCACCGGGGCCUCCCACACUUUCUUCAUCAUCUUCCUCCUCGUCCUCCUCAUCUUCAUUCUCUUCUUCAUCCUCCUCCUCUUCCCCUUCACCACCUCCUCUCUCAGCAGUGUCGUCUGUUGUUUCCUCUGGGGAUAAUCUGGAAGCUUCCUUUCCCAUGAUAUCUUUCAAACAGGAAGAAUUAGAGAAUGAAGAGCUGAAAGCCAGGGAAGAACCCCAGUCUGCAGUCGAACAGGAUAUUGUUCAGGAAACAUUCAACAAAAACUUUGUCUGCAAUGUCUGUGAAUCACCUUUCCUUUCCAUUAAAGAUCUAACCAAACAUUUAUCUAUUCAUGCUGAAGAAUGGCCCUUCAAAUGUGAAUUUUGUGUGCAGCUUUUUAAGGCUAAAACUGAUUUGUCAGAACAUCGCUUUUUGCUUCAUGGAGUUGGCAAUAUCUUUGUGUGUUCAGUUUGUAAGAAAGAAUUUGCUUUUUUGUGCAAUUUGCAGCAGCACCAGCGAGAUCUCCAUCCAGAUAAGGUGUGCACACACCACGAGUUUGAAAGCGGCACCCUGCGGCCGCAGAACUUCACAGAUCCCAGCAAGGCCCACGUACAGCAUAUGCACAGUUUGCCAGAUGAUCCUUCAGAAACGUCGAAAGAGGAAGAGGAGUUAAAUGAUUCCUCUGAAGAGCUUUACACGACCAUCAAAAUAAUGGCUUCUGGAAUAAAGACGAAAGAUCCAGAUGUUCGGUUGGGUCUCAAUCAACAUUACCCAAGCUUUAAACCACCUCCCUUUCAGUACCAUCACCGAAACCCCAUGGGUAUUGGGGCGACGGCCACAAACUUCACUACCCACAAUAUUCCACAGACUUUUACUACUGCCAUCCGUUGUACGAAGUGUGGGAAAGGUGUUGACAACAUGCCCGAGUUACACAAACACAUCCUGGCGUGUGCGUCUGCUAGUGACAAGAAGAGGUAUACCCCUAAGAAAAAUCCAGUACCACUGAAGCAAACCGUGCAACCCAGAAAUGGAGUGCUGGUUUUAGAUAACUCGGGGAAAAAUGCCUUCCGACGAAUGGGACAACCCAAAAGACUGAACUUUAGUGUGGAGCUCAGCAAGAUGUCGCCGAGUAAGCUCAAAUUAAAUGCAUUGAAGAAAAAAAACCAACUUGUCCAGAAAGCAAUCCUUCAAAAAAACAAAUCCGCAAGGCAGAAGGCCGAUCUGAAAAAUGCGUCAGAGGCCGCCUCGCACAUCUGCCCAUACUGUAACAGAGAGUUCACGUACAUUGGAAGCCUGAACAAACACGCCGCUUUCAGCUGUCCCAAAAAACCGCUUUCUCCUUCCAAAAAAAAAGUUUCCCACUCAUCCAAGAAAGGUGGACACUCACCACCACCUGCCGGGAGCGACAGAAACCACAGCAGCCACCGCAGGCGGACCGCGGAUGCGGAGAUAAAAAUGCAGAGCAUGCAGGCUCCCCUGGGGAAGACCCGAGCACGCAGCUCAGGCCCCGCUCAGGUCCCGCUGCCCUCCUCGUCCUUCAGGUCCAAGCAGAAUGUCAAGUUUGCAGCUUCGGUGAAGUCCAGAAAACCAGGCUCCUCUUUAAGGAACUCGAGCCCGAUAAGGGUGGCCAAAAUAACUCAGGUCGAGGGGAAGAAACCCAGAGCUGUGGCCAAGAAUCACUCUGCCCAGCUCUCGAGCAAGACGUCGCGGAGCCUGCACGUGAGGGCGCAGAAAAGCAAAGCCGUCCUGCAAAGCAAAGCCGCUUUGGCCAGUAAGAAAAGAACAGACCGGUUCAAUGUAAAAUCUAGAGAACGGAGUGGGGGGCCCAUCACCCGAAGCCUCCAGCUGGCAGCUGCUGCGGACCCAAGUGAAAACAGGAGGGAGGACGGCAGCGGCAAGCAGGAGCCGAAGGACGUCAGGAACUUCCUGUAGAAAAGCCCCCCAAACAAAACAAACCUUAAUUGACUAAAUAAAGAUAAUGCAUGCUCAACUUAGGAUAAGCACUACGGCAAACGAUACGAAAUCUACCAAGCUUGCAAGACCCGUUGAAGCUGACUCAGAAAUCCUAGCACACAGCUGAUUGCCGGCAGGCUUCUUGUGGUGGUUAGUCAGGCGUCUGCUGCUUCGCUGGUGCCCAACACGCGUGCUGGGCUUCCGGGUGAUUGAGAUGCAAGAGAGCAUUCGUGGUACGACGGGCCAGAUGAACUGGCUCGUCGUCACGGGACUGAUAACGCAGAUGUGAGUGGGGCCCUGGAUUUUGGCACAUAGCAGAGGAAGCAAUGAUUUGAACUUAACCUUGCAAAGCAAGUUCUCUGUUUUAUCAAUAGUUUGUUGUAGAUUUCAGGGAUGACAAAUUCUAAUGCACUCGUUUUACGAUGUUUUGGUCACACACCAGCUCUUGAUGCCUUUCUUUUAAAUCAGUAAUAGACAGAGAGAGAGGCCUUUAGCUUCUCUUAGCCUGUUCUUUUUUUUUUCCUUCUUUUUUUAAUCACAAGCCGAUUGCCAGCAUGAUGGAGAGGAAACCAGAUUGGAUAUGGACUCCUUUUUUAUGCCUCUUCCAUUGUCAUGUUUAUCUAUCCAAAUGGACAUCCUCUCAAAUAAUUAUCUGGCACUAAUUUAUAACUAUUAUAUUACUGGAGACUAUGUAGCAAUAUAUCAAAGCCCAGGAUAUAAAAGCCCAGGCCUGUGUAGAUGUAUGUAUACACAUAAGUAUAACUGAUUGAAUUUAUGUACAAGGUUUUACACUGCAAUCUCUCAUAGAGAUUUUUAAAAACUGUUACAAAUUGGCCUCUUCCUGAGUAUAUCAUUUCUCCAUGCAUUACAUGCUUUCCCCCUAGUUAAUGACUGAGUUGGUGGAAAAUGGCUAGGUUUUAUUCAUGGUUUUUUUUUUUGCUCUCCACUUCAAAAGUAAUCUACCUCUUAAAAUUUGUAGUUUAAUACUUGUUUGGUGAAUUUGUGCCACUUUAACCCUUUCACUAUCAUUCCCAUUUUGUUACAUUUCUGUUCUGGGGACUUUUAUGUUGAAAUAUUGUAUAAAGCAUUUGUAGCAGUUUAAAAAUAAAAUAUUUAAAAUUAUUUAAAUUGUUUUGGACGCUUCAAUUGUAUUAUAUGUGAUUUACAUUUUACAUUUUUGUUUGAGUUGUUAACCUGGAGAGUGUUCUUGUAUUGAAGUUUGCUGUUAGUUAUUUUAUUGUUUCUUGUUGGAGAGUUAUUAUAUAAAAGACUAUUCUAAUGAAAACAUUAAAAUUUACAAUUUGACAUACAAAAGGGGUUGUCCGUUGAUUUUAACCACUGUAGCCUUUUAAGAGAGAAAGAGGUUAAUUGUAGAUAGAUAAGAGUGCUAUUUGCUAUUUUUACCCCCUUCCAGCAUGAAAUCAUUUGAGCUUGUCAGAUGUACAAAAGUUUUUUUAUGCUGUUGCUAGCAAGCACUUAAUAAUAACGAAGGGGGAAUUCAAGUGAUACGUUUUAUAUAAUUGUAACCAAUAAAAAC